GCUUACCAAACUCCAAAGCAGAAGGCUGCGAAUGCCAAAUUCGCCAAGUUGAAUGUUGACAAGCAGGGUAAACCAAGAAAAAAGGUUGAGACCAUCAGAUCCCCUGUUUCGAAAAGAUGGAUGGGUCUCUUGUUGUUCUUGAUCUGUGGUGGCGCCGUGCUCGAGCUCCUUCGUAUCUUAUUUUAA